AUGGUGGUCGAUGGGCAAUGUUCCAAAAUCAACGGUUUGCUAGACUGGGUAUCGGAUCAUUCAUAUUUCAAUGAGUCUUAUUGGUGGUACAUUGAUGGGUUUACUGAUUUAAAUGACGCUUUGUGUAUACUGGAAGGAAAAAAGAUUAACAUCGAUUCCAAAAUUAUGAUGGCAAUUGCCACUAACACAAGUAUGGUCAACGUGUACGAAGUUUACGGAACAAUUCAACGGAGAGGAGGACGACUUCAUGAAGUUUUAGUGGGUCAAUGGGAUCCAACGAAUGGUGCAAAAUGGAGGAGGAGUUCUUAUUCUUAUGCAACAAGAAGCAAUUUGGAUGGGUUAAUGUUAAGAGCAGUAUUUUCUCCAAUGCGCAAAUUGGAUCUAAACCUACUAAAAUUCAUGGAAAGAAUAGUUCAGCCGCGAUCGUACCGAAUAAACAUCUACGGCUACCGUCUUAGUCGUUUGUUAAGCUACCAUCUUAAUUUUAGUAUACAAUUCAUCAUAGCUCAAGCAAUAUCCUACGAAUCGAUAAGAACCAACUCUACAAUUGGAAUAAUUGGACAGCUCCAACAUAAUCUGGUGGAUUUCUCUGCUUCGCCCUUGAGUUACAUGAAGGAUCGAAUGAGCCUGUAUCAACCAACAAUUGAAAUGAUGACAGCAAAAAUUGUGGCCAUUUUUAGGCAUCCAAAAAAGCAGAAUGGCGAAUCAACGUUUUUCAAACCAUUCGAGAAACAUCUUUGGAUCGCCAUGGCCACACUUCUGAUCUUUUCAGUCAUAAUGCUGAUGACGGCUAGCUUCUUUCAUUUGAAAAAACAGUAUUCCUUGGAUACUGAAUAUUUCUUCGCACUUUUAGGAUUUUUUCUUCAGCAAUGUUUUUCAGGCACGUUUGCAACAAGAUCACAACGCCUGACUGUUGUUUCGCUUCUACUGUUUUGUAUUUUGAUUUACGAGUUUUACUGUUCGUUUAUUAUCAGCUAUAUUCUAUUGCCUACACCGAAAACUAUCAAAACAUCUCAACAGCUUUUGGAAAGCAACUUAGAAGUGUCAUUUGAAGAUCUGAGCUACAACAAAUAUUUUUUGAAUAUCACUAGAGAUAUAACAUUGAUUAAAAUAUACCACAGGAAAAUUCUUCCGAACAAAUAUGCGUUCGUUAAUGUAACAGAUGGAUUAGCUCUGGUCAAAAAAGGAGGAUACGCCUUCAAUUGUGACACUUCUUAUGCCUACACUUGGAUACUUGACAUGCUGGAUGAUGAUGAAAUUUGUGAACUGCAAGAGGUUCAACUGUACCCAUUGCUACCACUGCAUGUCGUCACGCCAAUCGGCAGUCCUCUAAGGGAGAUAUUCCGAGUAUCGUUGCAACGUUUUCUGGAAACUGGUCUCAGCCAAUACCAUCGUAAUAAAAUUCGGACAGAAAAGCCAAUUUGCCAGGCCAAAAGUUUCUCAGCCUCCCAAGUCGACUUUGAAGAAAUCCAAAGCUUAUGUUGGAUUCUAGGCAUUGCUCUCUGCGCAACUGUGUUGAUGUUGAUCGGAGAAAUAUUGACGAAUCGUUUAGCAAAAUGCAUUCAACGGAAAGUAUUUCGAGAAAAAGGAAUUGUAUGGACAGAAUAAAUUUAGAAAAAAAAUGAAUAUUAUACGAC